AUGGCUCCCAAAUGUUUCAUCCUUUUGGCUGUCUUAUCUUUUUCAGCACUUUCAUUGAGUCCUUCUCUUGCAGAGGAAGGGCAAGAUAAUGGCCUUGUUAUGAAUUUCUACAAGGAAACAUGCCCUCAGGCUGAAGACAUCAUCAGAGAACAAGUCAAGCUUCUCUACAAGCGCCACAAGAACACUGCUUUCUCCUGGCUCAGAAACAUCUUCCAUGACUGUGCUGUUCAGAGUUGUGAUGCUUCACUGUUGCUGGACUCCACAAGAAGGACCUUGUCUGAGAAGGAGACAGACAGAAGCUUUGGUUUGAGAAAUUUCAGGUACAUUGAGACCAUCAAAGAAGCUGUGGAAAGGGAGUGCCCAGGAGUUGUUUCUUGUGCUGAUAUCCUCGUUCUCUCUGCUAGAGAUGGCAUUGUUUCGCUAGGAGGCCCCCAUAUCCCUCUUAAAACUGGAAGAAGGGAUGGUAGAAGGAGCAGAGCAGAUGUGGUUGAACAGUUCCUCCCAGACCACAACGAGUCCAUUUCUGCAGUUCUUGAGAAGUUUGGUGCCAUGGGAAUUAACACACCCGGGGUGGUUGCAUUGCUUGGAGCACACAGUGUUGGUCGAACCCAUUGUGUGAAGCUGGUGCACCGUUUGUACCCAGAGGUUGAUUCAGCACUGAACCCUGACCAUGUCCCUCACAUGCUGAAGAAGUGCCCAGAUGCCAUUCCAGACCCGAAGGCCGUGCAGUACGUGAGAAACGACCGUGGCACCCCCAUGAUUCUAGACAACAACUACUAUAGGAACAUAUUGGAUAACAAGGGCUUGUUGAUAGUGGAUCACCAACUAGCCAAUGACAAGAGGACCAAGCCUUAUGUGAAGAAAAUGGCCAAGAGCCAAGACUAUUUCUUCAAGGAGUUUUCUAGAGCCAUUACCUUGCUCUCUGAAAACAAUCCUCUCACUGGCACAAAGGGUGAGAUCAGAAAGCAGUGCAAUAUUGCCAACAAGCACCAUGAAGAGCCUUGA